AUGUUACCCUAUAGAAAACAAGACAAUCAACUCAAGCCAAUCCCACGAAUAAGCUCGUCUCAGAGACUUAACCAACCACCUAUCCAGCCCAAUGGCACUCCACCACAACAAGCUCCUUCUACACCAUCAGCAUACGUGUCGUCGUCGUUGAACCCCAUAAGGAACCUCCCUACUACACAAGGCAAUAUCAAGAGCAAGAUACGGACCAAGGAAGACCUCCAGAAGUUUGAGAAAUUACCCAUAGUUGCCAAAGUAAAUGAAUUUGAAACGUUAUUGAAUGGCAUUGCUGAUGAUAUCUCCAAGUUCAAAGAUGUUGAAAUCCAGGAAAAGGUCAAACGGAUUAUCGAAGUCAAUGACAUUCUCAAGUCAAACAUUGAAGAUUUGAACAAACAUCGUGAUUUCAGUUACCAAGUUGAUCAAUUAAGUAACGAGAAUAAACAAUUGGAAGAACGAGCAAAGGGGAUACUUCGGGAAUUGAUUUUUUAUAGAAAUGAAUUAAAGAGUUUACCAAGAUUACCCAAGAAUGAAGUCACCCCAGCAAGUGAAGUUGAAGUACAGGAAAUCUUAAAGUAUGCCAUGAAAUUGGCAAAAUUCACGAAGGCACCUCCAGCCAUGGCCAAUAUGCCAUUUCAAAUUCAUCCAAAUAAUUACAUUUGGCCUGCAGAAGAUGCAUUAAGAAGAGGUAUGCUUGCUAUGAGUUCUUUACAAGGGGAUGAAAUUAUAAAACAGGAGUUGGGUGGAGAAGAAGAAGAAGAAGAAGUAAAGAAAGAAACUGUGGAUGAAGUUAUGAAAGAAGAAACAAUUCCAAAACAAGAACAGGAGGAAAUUAUUCCACGCAGAGGUUCAUUUGGAUAUGGAACAACCACUAAAAAGAAAGAAGAACAGACUGAUCUUAAUUUAGAUUUGUUUGAUCCUGAUGAUGAAUAUUCUGAUUAG